AUGGUUUCCCGGGAGCAAUGGGAAGACGCGUAUCACCUCGCCGAGCGGAUGUAUAUGGAGGAGCGGUCGUACAAACAAUCUGAGUUGAAUGUUCUGGAAAAGAUUAUAUGCUCAAGAUACGACACGAUUUUCAAAUACGACCCUUACACUGAUGAAUACAGCUUCAUUUUACAAGAAUUGAAAUUCGAAGUACCAGUUGAUCCGCAUUGUCGUAAGAUUGCAGAGGCAGAUUUGGAAAAUCUCAAGAUUAACACUUUGAAAGUGCCAUUCGAGGUUCCAUCUUACGUCACAGUCACUCCAAUUUAUGUGGCUCCCCCCUCAACAAUGCUGAUCUUCAAUCAUUCGCAGCCAGUAGCUGAAGGCUUGGAAGAGGCGCUUCAGAAAGCUUCACCUGGGCUUACCGUGAACCCAUCGGAGACUGAAGUUACUCCUGGUGGCGAGUUCAUAUUCAAGCACAAAAAUGGAAAAUGCUAUCGAUGCAUUGUGAUUUCGGAAGUCAGCGAUGAGAGAGUUGGAGAAAGCGAUCGGAGAUAUGAGGUGGCCUUUCUGGAUUAUUGCCAAAUUGUUCCAGUCAAGCUGAAGACGCUUUACAUGCCAAUAGAUCUCACACUUGAGAAAUAUCCAUGCGCUCUUCACUGUGUUCGUCCUCUCGGUAUCGCCUCGUUCCGUUCUGUCUAUCUUCCGGAAUAUAACAAUGACAUUCGGACAUUCUACAAUGACAGAACCAGAAGACGUGCUGGUGUUCCAGCUCUCAUCUAUGGAAAAAAUGAAGAUGAAAGGAAAUUGGUCAUGGACUUUCCAUCGCUUCGUGGAAGCACAUUCACGAAUUCAGAAGAAAUUAAAUGCAUUCUCGGACAUCAAGGAGAAGCUCGCAAAGAUCCAGUCCAUUUAACAUAUCAUCAGUUGAUGAACAAGGAGAUCCCAGAACUCGAGUACCCGGAAAUCGAGGAACCCGAAGAGCAAGAGGAAGAAAUUGUAAAAGAGCCAGUUGUUGAAAAUAACAAUCGUGAAGACGACGAAGAUGAUCCAGUGGACUUGGAUGAUUCCGACGCUGACAUUCCUAGCAGUACAAUGCAAGUCACUCUCAAAACUGUUCUGGAUGAUGAAUGCCCGUAUGGUAAAGCGUGUAUUGAGAAAUUUAUGCAACAAGCCAGGGAACUCCCACCAUCCAGAAAGCAAAGCGAAUCCUCUCCCCUGGAGCUUCCUCCACCAUCGCUUGCGAAGAAAUCCGCUCCAGUUCCACAGCAGAGAAAUCUUCAAGAAGAGAUUCCUUUUGACGCAAGAUCCAACGCAUCGAUGUCGAGUCUACAGUCUACAACAAUAAAUCAGACGGCAUCUUCCAAUCCAACGCCACAGCCAACUGUUGAUGAACAGGAGAUCGAGGAAAUCACUCCAAAGAAGGUUAUGUCGAAAAAUGACUCCGUAUCGUCUGAUGGUUGGGAUACUCCGAAGAAGAGUGAUGUGAAGGUUACGUCACCUGUGAAAGUUUGGCGUGACGAAUUCGGUACAACUCAAAAGCCACUGAUGAAGCCGUCUGCCGCUGCUCCGAUUAUCAGAUCGGAAGAAGAUAACCAAGUUCGCACGCUGAAAUCUUCAAGCCCUCCACCACCAGUUCAAAGACCGUUGACUCCAACUCCGCAGAUUGUCAUUCCAGCAGUUGAGCCAAAGAAGAGUAAUCCGUUCCCAGUUCCAUUGAUGAACCUUCAAACUCAUACUCCUGAGAAGUACAAGUUGAGUGCCGGCUUCUCUGCGAAGCAAAACGAGAAAAAGUUUGGGGAGAUGUUUGGAAACAAUGCGGAACCACCGUCAUUCCCAGCCGUUGCGACCAUAGAAAAGAAUGGUACACAUUCUAGUUUGUUCGGCCAACCACCUGUUCUCACUGACAAUAAAGAUCGUAACUCUUCAUUCAUUCAGUGGAAAGAGAAUAGAGUAGAGAGUUCAGCUCGUCAGUCGCAACAUUCGAGUGAAUCUAGUUUUGCUUGUAAUACCACAAAACGCAUCGUCAAACAGAACGAGCAAACAGAUGAUGAUAACGAUUGGGGCUCACGAACCCUCGUCCCUGCACCAGAUCAGGAUGCCAACAUAUCGAAAGCAUCAACGAAUCAACUAAUAAGCAAAGCGCAAGACAACUUCCAAGAUAGUGAAAACGAAGAUGGAUGGGAAGUGUUGGAGAACACUAAAAACCAACCUAAAGAUCUCACCAUCACUGACAAGAUCUUUGCGAAUGUUAUCCCAAUUGAUAAAGCUGCUGCGAUGACCUUGUCGCACGUAGUCGACGAUGAAAACUUCAGUAGAAGAUCUGUCUGUUCCGGAGAUUUCGGAGACAAUGAGCCGGAUUUGGAGCGUGGUGCUGAUUCGGAAACAAUUGUGAUCGUCGACGAGUUCGCUGAAGUAUCCGACACUCUGAAACAGUUGGCCAUUGCGUUCAUUACUGCAAUUCGUGAUGCAGCGAUACAGAAGAAUCGUCCAAUUUUCUCGUAUGAGAUGAUUGGAAUGGAAUCGAUUUCGCAAAAAAUGACGAAUGAACUCGACAAGCGGUUCUGGAAAAUCAAAGUCAACGAGGCCAAGAACUUCGACGGAGCCUUCGAUUAG